AUGAGCCAAGGCAAAACUGGUGGUUCUAAACCGGUAACAACAUUUGUGGAGGCAGACUCAACCAAUUUUCGAGAUGUGGUUCAACGCUUAACCGGACAAUCCAUAUCAAACGUAGCAAAUGAAGGUUUAUCAUCAGCCCAAAGGAUUGGCAAGAGACCUAAGCCUAAGCUCCAUGAAAGAAGACAACUAUAUUUAGAGUCCAAACUCGAAAUCUUUAAACCACUCAUUACUCAUCACCAAUUUAUAAAACCUAGCACAAUUAUCUUGCAGCAGCCGCCGAUAUCUAGCACUAGUAAUCCUCCAAAUACGGAAUGGCAAAGCCUUUCACCUUCUUUUUCUUCAUUGCCUGGAUUAAAACAAAGCAGACGAGAAUCAACAUUGUUAUUUUCUGAUGAUCUGAAUGCUGCUGAAGAAGAAAAUGCCAUUAAAGAGAGGCGUUUUUAUUUACAUCCAUCACCACGGUCUAAACCGGUAGGACACAUUGAGCCAGAGCUACUCACUUUGUUUCCUCUCAAGUCCCCAAACACAAAUCAUAAUACUUGUGCCAAGUUUGGGAUUCCUGAAAUAGGUGAUGGGAGAUAUGAGAGUGAUAGAGGUGAAACAUUUGUUGAAGUGGAUGAGGUUGGAUUGGAGGCCAUGAGAUCAUAUCGUGGUAUAGAAAAGAGAGGAAUUGUGUGA